GCUUCACGUUUGCCCUCCCUCUCCCGCGACCGACGAGCCUUAAACCCGCCCGACGAUUGGGGAACUCCACCGACGACCACCUCCGAUCCUUAUGUGGCGUCCCCUGUUCUCGUUCUUCCGUCUGUUCUCUCCAUAGCCGAUGCAUUAGGGGCUGCGUCGGCAUGGCUGGCGCAGAGGGACGGUCCUCUCAACAAUCUGGUUUCCCCUUGAAAGGGGUUCUCCCUACUUCUUCUUCUUCUUCUUCUUCUUGGAAAAUGCGAGGAAUACGUAGAACCUCUAUUCCGUUUGCUGCACUCUUUCUCAAUCCCUGUUGCCGCAUCUCUCUAUGCUUCCCAGAUUGCUGUGUUCAUAUCUAUUGCUAGCUUUUUCUUUUAUUUACUCUGUUGUUCUCUGUCCCUCCUGCUCUUCAACCGCCGAUUGCCUUGUUGUUCAUCGCCGCAUACUGUCCAAGAUACAAUCUUCUUUUCAGGACACCAACGAGUAAGUUGGCACAAAGCUUCUGUCAAGUGUUUGUUCUCUGUCAGAGUGCGAGCUUUCUCGCAGACUGGGACGAAGAGAGGAACUUGAUGCUGUUGGAGGGAAAGGAGGAAGAAGUUUCAAUGAUGGACCCGAACAGAUGUUGAACUAGGCAUGUAAGCUGAACCAGACAAGCUGAUCAGCAGCGUCACCCUCUGGUAGCAGGGUCAGACGCAUUCUUCUGCAGGGAUAAUCAGUAGUGGAUGACAGCCGUUGUCCUGGAGCACGACGUUUGGGGAAGUGAGUCGAGAGUGGGAAGACUGCCUGCUAUGAGUAGGCGUCUCCUGCAAUGCUCAGGUACUCCUUGCUCUCGAUACCUUCCCUUCGGUUUCAUGCUACUGCUAGAUCAAUUCAUGGCACCCCAAUUCUUUUGUGGAGGCUCAAGGACGAAACCAAACUCGGGGAGUCUCAGGUGAUCGAGAGGAUCGUUAGAAUCAUCAUCCAUAAUCGUGCGGGGGCAAUCUCUGGCCUUUCUUUCGAGUUUUCUGUGAAAAUCCUUGAUGGGGUUGUUGAGAAACUCAAAUUUAAGCCGGAAUUGAGUCUUGAGUUCUUUCGAUUGGCGAAGAAAGAUUCCAAGUUUAGACCACCACCGAGAUCAUACUGUAAGAUAAUCCACAUUUUGUCUAGGGGAAGGAUGUUCGACGAUGCAAGGGCUUUCUUGCAUGAGUUGGUGGGAAUGUUCAGAUCUGAAGUCUCUGAUGCUUUCAUCUUCAAUGAGUUGUUGGAUGUAUACAGGGAGUUCUCCUUUUCCUCGAUCGUGUUUGAUAUGCUAUUGAAAGUGUAUGCUCAGAGGGGCUUGACAAAGAAGGCACUCUACGUGUUUGACAAUAUGGGAAGGUUUGGUUUUUGCCCGAGCUUGAGGUCGUGUAAUAGUGUUAUUGGUUCCUUGGUUCAGAAAUCGGAAAAUUAUGUAGCUUUUCAAUUUUAUGAGCAAAUGGUCCGGAUUGGCAUUGUCCCAGAUGUGUUUACGGUUACCAUGAUCGUGGAUGCGUAUUGCAAGGAAGGGAUGGUGGAAAGGGGCCUAGAGUUCAUGAUGCAAAUGGAGAGGAAAGGAUUUGAAUUGAACAAAGUUACUUAUCAUGCGUUGAUUAAUGGUUAUUGUAAUUUAGGAGAAACAAAUUCGGGGUUUCGAGUUUUGAGAUUGAUGGAUGAUAAGGGCAUUUUGCCUGAUGCUGUGACUUACAGUUUGCUUAUCAAGGGAUACUGCAAGGAAGGGAAACUUGAAGAGGCGGAGAACUUGCUUUGUGAAAUUAAAGAGAAGUAUGAUAUGGUUCGUGAUGAGGUUGCAUUUGGAACGGUAAUAAGUGGUUACUGCAGGAAUGGUAAGAUGGAAGAUGCCAUCAGAGUCCAAGAGAUGAUGGUACAUGAAGGAUUGAAGACAAACGUCUUCACCUGUAAUCUUUUGAUAAAUGGAUUCUGCAAGCUCGGAAAGCUUAGGGAAGCAAACCAAGUGAUAACUGAUAUGGUGUUGUCCUGGGGUUUACAGCCAGAUUCUUACAGCUAUAAUGCACUUCUAGAUGGGUACUGUAGAAAAGGAUUGAUGGAUGUGGCCUUCGAGCUUUGUAAUGAAAUGCAACAGAAGGGGAUUAAGCCAACGGUUUUGACUUAUAACACACUUAUAAAGGGUUUUUGUCGCAAUAACAGAAUUGAUGAUGCUGUCAACCUUUGGUAUGUGAUGAAGAAUAGAGGCAUCAAACCAAAUGAAGUUACAUGUAGCACGCUUCUUGAUGCCUUUUUCAAGGUAGGAAACCAUGAACGGGCAUUAACUUUAUGGAAUAGGAUCUUAAAUAUGGGGCUUGCAAAUGAAAUCACCUUCAAUACGAUGAUCAAUGGUUUAUUCAGUAUGGGGAAAGUUGUAGAAGCAAAUGAGCUCUAUGGUAGAAUGGAAAACCUGGGAUGCUUCGCUGAUAGCAUUACCUACAGGAUACUGAUAGAUGGAUAUUCAAAAGCCGGAAACAUUGUUCAGGCUUUUUUGGUUAAGAAGAAGAUGGAAAACAAUGGGAUUUCACCUAGUAUUGAGAUGUAUAAUUCUCUUAUUUCUGGUUUAUUUAAGUCUGAUAAAAGCAAUGAAGUACAGGAUAUUUUGGUUGAGAUGGAAAAAAAGGGAUUAUCUCCAAAUAUUGUGACAUAUGGUGCCCUCGUUCAUGGCUGGUGUAGAGAAGGAAAACUGGAGAAAGCAUUUAGCAUCUACUUGGAAAUGACUAAGAAAGGCUUAACUCCAAACCUCAUCAUCUUAUGUUCACUUCUCAGUACUCUUUAUAGGUUUGGUAGGAUAAAUGAAGCGAACAUGUUUUUACAGAAAAUGGUGGGCGUUGAUCUUUCAGUUGGCAGUACAAAUUGCAGCAAGCUUAUCGAUCAUGGUGGCAGCGAACAUGUCAUAGAGAAAAUCAAUGCAUUUCUUAAUGAAACCGCUGGAACAUGUAUGCUACCAAAAGUCAUUUUAUACAACAUAGUACUUUGUGGGCUUUGUAAGUCCGGAAGGUCAGGGGAUGCAAGAAAUUUGUUUGUGGAGUUAUUGAGAAGAGGCUUUAUUCCUGAUAAUUUCACAUACUGCACUCUCAUCCAUGGUUGUGCAACAACUGGCGAUGUGAAUGAAGCUUUUAAGUUACGAGAUGAGAUGCUAAAUAGGGGCAUUACCCCAAAUAUUGUUACAUAUAACACCCUUAUUGGUGGAUUGUGUAAAUCAGGGAACAUUGACAGGGCAGUUAGGCUUUUCACUAAGCUGCGCCAAAAAUCUUUGUCUCCUGAUGUAAUUAGUUUCAAUACCUUGAUUGAUGGAUAUUGCAAAAGCGGUCAACUUAGUGAGGCCAUUAAGUUGAAAAAUGAAAUGAUUGAGAAAGGCAUUCGUCCAACAGUUGUGACCUACUCUGUGCUGAUCAAUGGCUUCUCUAAGAUAGGGGAUAUGGAGACUUGUAGGAAUCUGUUGGAUGAAAUGAUUCAGAGGGGUGUAAACCCACACUAUGUGACUUUAAGGACACUAUUUCAUGGUUGUAUCCGAAGUGGGAAUGUUGAUCAGAUCUCAAAUCUCUAUGGUGAUAUACACAAGAGAGGUCUUCUGUCGGGUGUACGUGAUGAUAAACAAAAUUGUCUGACUGACAGUAUGGAAGCAAAGAUGCCUAUAUGUCAAACUAUUCUGGAAGCUGUAUGCUGACACUUGGUAACCAAUCUAUAGGUGGUAUUUCAGAAAGCACUCGCAAGUUCAAAUUGCUGAAGCUUCUGAAGGUCACAUCAGAGCAAAGCCGUGAAAGAUCCACUUUGGCUUACGGUCUAACGCAUGUUUGCACAGGGUGUGGUUUAUGGCAUGGUUCUGAGAGAAAAAUACACCCCAAUGUCUGUCAAGUUACUUGAAUCUUUUCUGACCUGUUGAUUACAGCAUGAAAAGAUUAGAAAGAGAAACUGCAAGGAAAUGUUGACCCGUCUUUCAAGUGAAGCCAUUUCAAAGAGGUUGUGAAAUGUGUGCAAUUUUCACAUAAUCAUCUCACUAUGUGGUAGAAAUUUGAUCAAGAUUGGGGUGUUGAAAUAAGGUUUGUCAGACAAGCUGGAGACAGCCCGCUUGCAAGAUGUGCUUCAAUUCAAUAUUCAAUGUUAAGUUUUGAUUGCAUUCGAAGCAAGGAAGCAGUUUCUUGUGAAGAGAGUGUGGACCACUUAUGUGAUUAUCCACAACCCGACACUCGACAGUGAGCAAGCUUCUUUGCAGAGGCUAGAAGAGAUGGAAGUUCAGAAUCUUCCUAUUGAAAAUGAAUUUGAUGUUGUUGGGAAGUGAGACGCGUAAUUUGCCUGCUCUUGGGGCUGCUAUCAAAGAGAUGUUGACAUUAAGUGAGAAAAAUGUUCAAAUAGUUGUUUCAACUUGUCCAUGGAUUUCAAAGGUGUGGAACACAUUUGAGAAAUAAAGGGGCUACACUUCGAUGAUUCAUGGUAAAUAUAUUCAUAAGAGACACUUACAACUGCAUCAUUUGCUGGUACCUACAUCAUUGUGAAAAAAAUGAAAGAGGUCGUUCGUUGAGGACGUUCUUAACAGGGUAUUUGAGCUUAAACAUGGGCAAUCCUUGCAACUGGUUUAAGAUCCUUCGCUGCACACUUCCAUUGCUGUGUGGCACAGACAGCGGGAGGCCAUUGUUGCUGUAUAAGAAUGUAGUCCUUUUGGUUAACAUGUAAAAUAUCUGUUAAUUGGGAUGUCUCUCAUUCUCUA